GGGGGCGGGGCUUCCUCGCCGCCCCGCCGCCGUUAGCCGCCAGCUGGGCCCGGCCGCGGCGCUUCCGGUGUGCAGGGAAAAACGGUGUCCGGGCGGGGCCGCAGGCAGCGGCGGCUCAGUUCCGGGCGGGGAGGCGUAAGCACGAUGGCGGGACGGCAGGCGGGCCGAGGCGCGGGCGGCGCCGUGGUGCUCCUGCUGGCUGUCUGCCUGCAGCCGCCGCUCGCCCGGGCCCGCAGCCUCCGUUUCGUAACGCUGGUGUACCGCCACGGGGACCGCUCGCCCAUCAAGGCCUACCCGCGGGACCCCUACCAGGAGGCCGCCUGGCCGCAGGGCUUCGGGCAGCUCACGCAGGUGGGGAUGCGGCAGCAGUGGGAGCUGGGCCAGGCCCUGCGCGGGCGCUACCGCGACUUCCUCAACGCCACGUACCGGCGGCAGGAGAUCUUCAUCCGCAGCACAGAUUGCGAUCGGACGCUGAUGAGUGCGGAGGCCAAUCUGGCAGGCCUGUAUCCCCCAGACAGACAAGAGAUGUUCAACCCUAAUGUUUCCUGGCAGCCUAUCCCUGUGCACACGGUGCCUGAGUCUGGGGAAAGGCUACUGAAGUUUCCAUUGACCCCCUGUCCACGGUAUGAACAGCUACAAAAUGAAACCCGGCACUCAGCAGAAUACACAAAUAAGACCAAAGAAAAUUUGCAAUUCCUGCAGAUGGUGGCAAAUGAGACUGGGAUCCGGGAUGUCUCUCUUGAGUCUGUUUGGAGUGUGUAUGACACGCUGUUUUGUGAACAAGCACACAAGAUGAAGCUGCCAUUAUGGGUGACGCCAGAUGUCAUGACUCGAUUGAAGCAAUUAAAAGACUUCAGUUUUGAAUUUCUGUUUGGGAUUCACCAUCGGAUCGAGAAAGCUCGUUUGCAAGGCGGGGUCUUGCUGGAUCACAUUAGGAAGAACCUAACCAAAGCAGCAAACGUCUCUGCCCACCAGCACCUGAAACUACUUGCCUAUUCUGCACAUGACACCACACUUGUGGCACUGCAGAUGGCUCUAGAUGUCUACAACAGGAUUCAAGCACCAUACGCCUCAUGUCAUAUAUUUGAGCUGUACCAAGAAGAUGAUGGUAAUUUCUCUGUGGAGAUGUUUUUCCGGAAUGAGAGUGGGAAGGAACCUUUCCCACUGAUGCUCCCUGGCUGUCAGCAAAAAUGUCCCCUGCAUAGAUUUUUGCAACUCACUGAUCCUGUGGUUCCUCAGGACUGGGAACAAGAAUGCCAGGUAGCAAGCACUGUGCAUGACACAGAACUGUUUGUGGCUCUGGCCGUGUGUGGAUCCAUUCUCUUUCUCCUUAUCAUCCUCCUGCUGACUGUACUCCUUCGCAUACAGUCUCAGCCCCCUGGCUACCGGCAUGUUUCCAAUGAGGGAGAAGAGCAGGCAUGACAGUUGCUCCAACUCCUUCCCAGGCAGUAGGAGGGAGCAGUGCUGCCCAUGAUGAUUGGGCACCUCAGUUACUAAGCAUUCUUCUGUUCUGGCCAUUGCUUCCCAGAAUGAAGCUGGACUGUGAUUUUUGGAUGUUUUCUAAAGGUGAUGUCCGAGGGAGAGGACUGAGCUACUCAUCUGAAUUUAAAUUCUGAAGGCUGCUGGUGUGUGGUGCCCCUAGCCCUCGUACAGUUUAACUAGUCUGGGACUCCCACCGUGGCCAGUUAGAGCUGCUGCUCCCCAUGAAGAAUUUUUCUCCUUUCAGUGAUUGUAAAUGUUAUCACUUGCCUUGACUGUGGCAGAGGGGCCUGUGCCUGCAGCAGGUGUCAUGUCCAGUGUAGUCAGGAGUCAUCCUUCUUUAGGGUCAACCUGCUUUGUGCACUUUUCUCUCAAGCCACUGGGCUGAGGACAGUGGGAAGGCUGGUCUUGGAGUAGAGGGCCCACCUCACCAACAGUGCAGAGACUUACCUGUUCUCCAUGCAGAGGGAGCUGCUGGAGAUGAUGGCAGAUAGUGAAAAACAUUUCUGAGGUUGCUAAGUAUUUGCUGCUGGCAACUGGUCUUUUUCCCCUUCAACUUGUGUUUCAAGAAAGAAGAACUGGCCUGGAAUCAGGACAGAAUUGAAAACCUAGCAGUAGUUUCUUGGAUUCAGCAGAGUAGGCUACAUAUGAUCCACAGAACCAGAGCUUUAUCCCGUAAAUGAAUUCAUAUGAUUAUCCAUAGCAAACUUGCACACAUUUUUUUUGUGUAAUGUUGGCUACAGAAAGGAGAGAGUCCCUGUAGAUAGGAAACUUGGGCCCAUUCUAAAGACUUGGUUUUUGAAUUUGAUCUCCCCAUCUGUGAACUUAUCUAUUACUAGAGCCUUUGCAAGAAGGAUCCAGGAAGGAUCCUGUACUGUAGGUGGUCCAGACAUCAACUAUGAGCCCAAGAAAUAAUGCUUUACUGGCAGAAAGUUUUUAUAGUGUCAUCAAAGAUUCAUAGCAGAGCUGUUUACCUAAGACUAAAUGCCAACUUCUGUGGUCUUCCCAUCUUCCCCACUGGAUAGCCUUACCCUCCCUGCCCCCCCCCCCAAUCAGUAUUUGCAGGUAACUGUAGAGCCCUUCACUUGACAUUGUCCAAAGUAUGAUUCUUUUUUUCAAGACCAGAUGGAUGGAAGCUGCAGGCUUCUCUCUGCACACUGCAGCUGCUGUAGGAAACUUUAUGCCAAGAGCUCACCACCUGCCUUGUAGCUCUUGGUGGAGGAUGAGGGACCGCAGCAGGCACCAGAGGCACUGGCUCUUCACAUGGUGAUGCUGCACAUUCACUUCCCAUAUUUAGUUCCCUUUGUGGUGCAGUUCCCUUCCCCUCUUGGCGGCAGAAGCUAGUUCUUAAGUUACAGACAUUUCCUUUUCUUCCCCUAUGGAGUAUCAUGGGGACUUUUCCCUACACCAUAAUAGGCAUCUGCCAGCAUGGGAACUCCAAAUCAGCAGAAGCAGCUUGCUGUUCUCAGCAUCUUCCUCACCUUUUUGUCCCCUGAAGAUACAAUCUAGGUCUCCUGCACAGCAAGACAGUCACAAAGAACAAGCAAAUGCCUGGGAGAACAGGCACAAGGAAGAGGUAAUAGAAAGUGCAUUCAAGGGGACUGGACCUGUUAUUUUUAAAGGCAGCAGAUUUUGCACACACAGAGAAAAGGUUUCUAUGAUGAUUUAGACUUUUUGACUGUGAAUGACUUUCUGUAAUUGUUCCAAUACAUUUCCUUUUUGUCAUUAAAAUCAAUUCCACACUGAA